GCAUCUGCGCCCUCCGCAGUCCUCUGCCUCGUUGCCGCUCCGUCUCCCCAGAGUCGCCUUCUCUCAUCGCUGCAGCCAUGAACGGGCAGCUCAACGGCUUCCAUGAGGCGUUCAUCGAGGAGGGGACAUUCCUUUUCACUUCAGAGUCUGUAGGGGAAGGUCAUCCAGAUAAGAUUUGUGACCAAAUCAGUGAUGCUGUCCUUGAUGCACACCUUCAGCAGGACCCUGAUGCUAAAGUGGCUUGUGAAACUGUUGCUAAAACUGGAAUGAUCCUUCUUGCUGGGGAAAUUACAUCUAGAGCUGCCAUUGAUUACCAGAAAGUGGUUCGUGAAGCCAUAAAGCACAUUGGCUAUGAUGAUUCUUCCAAAGGGUUUGACUACAAGACUUGUAAUGUGUUGGUUGCCUUGGAACAACAGUCACCAGAUAUCGCCCAAGGUGUUCAUCUUGACCGGAAUGAGGAAGACAUUGGUGCAGGAGAUCAGGGUUUGAUGUUUGGUUAUGCCACUGAUGAAACUGAAGAGUGUAUGCCUUUAACUAUUGUCUUAGCACACAAGCUAAAUGCUAAACUGGCUGAGCUACGCCGCAAUGGCACAUUGCCUUGGUUACGCCCAGAUUCUAAAACUCAAGUGACUGUGCAGUAUAUGCAAGAUCGAGGUGCUGUGAUUCCCAUCAGAGUCCACACAAUUGUUAUAUCUGUUCAGCAUGAUGAAGAAGUUUGUCUUGAUGAAAUGAGGGAUGCUCUGAAGGAGAAAGUGAUCAAAGCUGUUGUACCUGCAAAGUACCUUGAUGAGGAUACAAUUUACCACCUACAGCCAAGUGGCAGAUUCGUUAUUGGUGGGCCUCAGGGUGAUGCUGGUUUGACUGGCCGAAAAAUCAUUGUGGAUACUUAUGGCGGUUGGGGAGCUCAUGGAGGAGGGGCCUUUUCAGGAAAGGAUUAUACCAAAGUGGACCGUUCAGCUGCUUAUGCUGCUCGUUGGGUGGCAAAAUCCCUUGUUAAAGGAGGUCUGUGCAGGAGGGUUCUUGUUCAGGUCUCUUAUGCUAUUGGAGUUUCUCAUCCAUUGUCGAUCUCCAUUUUCCAUUAUGGUACUUCUCAGAAGAGUGAGAGAGAGCUAUUAGAAAUUGUGAAGAAUAAUUUUGAUCUUCGCCCUGGGGUCAUUGUCAGGGAUCUGGAUCUGAAGAAGCCAAUUUAUCAGAGGACUGCAGCCUAUGGCCACUUUGGUAGGGACAGCUUCCCCUGGGAAGUGCCCAAAAAGCUUAAAUAUUGAAAGUGUUAGCCUUUUUUCCCCAGACUUGUUGGCGUAGGUUACAGAGAAGCCUUCAAGCUCUGAGGGAAAGGG